AUGACUUUUCCGUUAUUACCACUAGUUUCCGGCCAAUCGGCCCAGGAAACCAUCGCAGCUCUCGCUGUGGUGGGCCACCUCUUGUUGCCGUUGAAAUCAGUGCAAAUUUCCAAGCACUUUCUCCAUCAAUUCCCCUCCAGCGUGCUGGUAGACAUUGAUGCUACUGGAAACUCAGUCACUGUGGACCAGCUCGUGGAACUCUUGAACGCUGGUGUCAGACAGGUGGUCCUUGACGCCGAUAGCGCCCAGCAAGCGCUCGACAGCGGCUUGCCCAGCUCCAGAUUUGCCGUCCAGUUUGCCCUGGAUUCGGUUCCAGACAAUUUGUUGCAAAGUCAAGCAGCAUUUGUAUUCUCGCAAGAGCUCUCGCAGGACGCCUUGAAGAAGUACGGUCGUGAUGGAGACAGAGUCAUCUACUACAGAAGCGAUGACCUUACCCAGGAAUCCGCCAACAGGUUAGCCGCUAGCGGUUACUUCCCCAUUAUCAGCGCAGAAAAGUUGACUACCAGCUUGUCUGACAACAGCAAGAUCUCGAUAGGUGAGAUCUUCACCGCCACUCUCACCACAGACCGUCCCGAUGGACUCUUCACCACCUUGAUCACUGCCCCUGCUCCAUCAUACACGGCGUUGGGAGUAGUGUACUCCUCGGUAGAGUCGAUCAAGACUGCCAUUGCGGAAAAGCUGGGGGUCUACCAGUCGCGCAAGCGUAAGGAUGAAUUGUGGUACAAGGGCAAGACCAGUGGUGCCACCCAGGAGUUGAUCAGGUUGGAGAAGGACUGUGACUCCGACGUGAUCAAGUUUGUGGUUGCUCCAAGAGACGGUUUCGGCUUCUGCCACCACCCUAGCAACUUCACGUGCUUUGGCGAUGGUGAGUUGAAGCAGUCGGGUGAGAGCUUCGGUUCCGGUUUGGCCAAGUUGGACAACACCCUUGCCCAGAGAUUACAGUCUGCACCUGAAGGCUCCUACACCAAGAGGUUGUUCAACGAUGAGAAGUUGUUGGUGGCCAAGCUCAAGGAGGAGCUCGACGAGUUAAUCGAGGCUCCUAAGGAUGGAAAGGACGAGGUGGCAUGGGAAUGUGCGGACUUGUUCUACUUCGCCAUGGUCUGGUGUAUCAAGAAUGGCGUCAGAUUGGCUGAUGUGGAAAAGAACUUGGACAUCAAGAGUUCCAAAGUCACCAGACGCAAGGGUGAUGCUAAACCCGCGUACAUCAAGGAGGACACCAAGGAAGCUCCAAAGGAAACUCCUAAGGAGGAAAGCAAGCCCGAGCUUGAAUACAAGAUGGAAGUUAUUAAUGCUGGAGACAAGGCUACCGACCCAGCGCUUAUUGAAAAAGCAUUGUCCAGACCUGUACAAAAGACUGCCGAUAUCAUGAAGUUGGUAUUGCCUAUCAUCGAAAAGGUCAAGAAAGAUGGGGACAAGGCCUUGUUAGAAUUAACGGCAAAAUUUGAUGGUGUUACCUUGGACACUCCUGUCUUAAAGGCACCUUUCCCUGAAGACUGGAUGCAGAUUUCUGACGAUAUGAAGGAAGCCAUCGAUAUUUCCAUUGCCAACAUUGAGAAGUUCCAUGCUGCCCAAUUACCAAAGGAGAAGAUCAUGACUGUGGAAACCGCCCCAGGUGUGUUCUGUUCUCGUUUUGCUAAGCCUAUCGAGAAUGUCGGUUUGUACGUUCCAGGAGGUACUGCCGUGUUACCCUCGACUGCAAUGAUGUUGGGUGUUCCAGCCAAGGUCGCAGGAUGUAAGAACAUCGUUCUUGCCUCUCCUCCAGCUAGAGCCACUGGUAAAUUAACCCCUGAAGUGGUCUAUGUGGCCCACAAGUUGGGUGCAAAAUGUAUCGUUAUGGCAGGUGGUGCACAAGCUGUUACUGCUAUGGCAUACGGUACUGAUAGUGUGUUGAAGUGUGACAAGAUCUUAGGUCCAGGAAACCAAUUUGUCACCGCAGCUAAGAUGUAUGUCCAAAACGACACUCAAGCCUUAUGCUCCAUCGACAUGCCAGCAGGUCCUUCCGAAGUGUUGGUGGUCGCCGACGGAAACGCUGAUGCUGAUUUUGUUGCCAGUGACUUGUUAUCUCAGGCAGAGCACGGUGUAGACUCUCAGGUUAUUCUCAUUGGUGUGGGUUUGACCAAAGCUAAGUUGGCCGAGUUCGAAGCCGCUGUGGCCAAGCAGGCUGCAGUUCUUCCUAGAAAGGAGAUUGUCAGCAAAUGCUUAGCCCACUCUUAUACUUUGUUGGUUGACACCUAUGAGGAAGCUUUCAAGUUAUCUAACCAAUACGCUCCCGAACAUUUGAUUCUUCAAAUCGAUGAUGCAGCCAAAUACGUACCCGACUACAUUGAAAAUGCUGGUUCUGUUUUCGUGGGUGCCUUAUCUCCAGAGUCAUGUGGUGACUACUCUAGUGGUACCAACCACACUUUACCAACCUAUGGAUAUGCAAGACAAUAUUCCGGUGUCAACACUGCAACCUUCCAAAAGUUCAUCACUUCUCAGGACGUGACUGAGGAAGGUUUGAAGAGUAUUGGAAAGGCGGUGAUGACCUUAGCCGCUGUCGAGGGCUUGGAGGCCCAUAGAAAUGCUGUCCAGGUUAGAAUGGACAAGUUGGGUCUCUUGUAG